ACCUUCCCUGCCCAGACCGUCUCGUUUGCCCAGCACACUGUGCAGUGACUGCAAGUGCAGUCCACACCCUCCCACCCACCCACACCCUUAUGCGAUGCGCCCGCCAUUUAGACCAGCCCGGGCAGCCCAGCCCAUUGAAAUAAACCUCCCACCCUCCCAGGCUUUUGGGAUGGAUUCCCUCUCCAUUUCUUCACAUCCAGCCCAACCUGCCGACUACUGCUGCCCCACUCCCAAGCAAGCAAGACCUUCGACGCGGACAAACACGUUUAUUACUGCUGCCGACUCUCGAUCCAGGAGACCGAGUUCGAGAUUCCUAGACAUUGUGUGUUCUACCUGUCUCCCUUGACUAGCCGUAACCGCGACUCCAGACCACCAAACCACCAGACCAUCGUCCAAUGUCGCUGGUCGACCGCUCCCUCCCAUUCAGGCGCGUGUACUCUUCCCCCCCAACUUUUGGCGAGCCCAUCUUCGACGAUUUCUGCGACAUGGACGACCACGAGUCAAUGGCGCCGAGCCCGAAGCGGGCGAGGCCAAGUGACGAAGCCCCUGCACUCCCACAGAAGAGCGCACUCAGGGCAUCACGACUGGUUGACAACCUGGGACUCAAGCUCGGAGGCUCUCUCGAGGCCAUAGAGUCGGGACAAGCUACCCCCUUGGACGUCUACCUUUCGUCAGAAGAGGACGCCUCAUCAGACGCCGAUGACUUUUCAGAUUAUGACUACGACUCCAGCAACGACGACCCGUCCUCGCCUACACGGCGGAGCAGCCACGAGGUCACGGCUCGGGUUGUGUCGGUGGUGUUCUCGGGCAAGCCGCUUAUCGUCGACCUGACAGAACUACGGAGGAGGUCCAUAUCCCCCAACUCUGUCGGCACGAGGACACGAUCAAGCACAGUCUCGUCCAAUGCUCCCACGCUUGACCGGUCGGUCACACCUGAGAGCUCCGUCUCUUCACCAGUUCAGCAGACCCCCGAAAGGGAAAACAGCAUAUCCGACGCGGUGGCCAGAAAGAAGCCGCUUUUCCUAAACAUCGACCCAUUCGCCAAUGGCAGCACAUACUCACUUGAGCUUUCUAACAAGACUGCCCACAGCAAUGGGCUAGAGCAGGACAACACUAGCAGCCCUGUGCGGCCACCGAGGACGCCAACACAACUCUUUAAGGGCGUCACCAGAACAUUUAGCCUCGUUAGGAAGAGAAGCCGGCCAACCUUAAAUACAAGUAGCAAUCUCUCACAGGCACCGCGCGAUCCUUUUUCAUCAACCUCUUCUCCGAGGAGCUCGCUUAAUACGGGUCCGGCAGCGGCAGCGGCUGCGGCGGCGGCAGAACCAGAAGCGGCGGCGGCAGAGCAACAGCCAACUACGCCCCAAACGCCCGUCACGUACAACGAUAUUCUUAGAGCGGUUAAGAAGAAUGCCAUAAUGAUGCCAGGUGUCUCGUCGGCGCAGCAACAAGAGCAAAUGAUUUCGCCAGUGUCGCCAAGCCAGGCGCCCAAGAGGGGCAUCCUCAGCGGAUUGGCCUCGAGGCGACGGAGCAUCAAGAUGACAGGAAAACUCCUUUGA